GGUUAUCAAUUCGUCAGCUGUUGUCAGAUUUUCAGGCAAACUCUGGUUCGGGUGUUAAAAUUUCGAGCAAAUAAUAAUAAACAAUAAUAAUUGUGCGGAAAAGACAAGCCGGGCAAUAACAGUGAACAAUUAGUGUCGUUUUGGUUCUUUUAGUUUUCUUUACCCACUUUGCCACUUCAGUUUUUGCUCCAUAAAGCUUCUGCUAUCAGGCGUGCCAGCGGCGACUAUAAUGGAUAUAUUGAAGAAAAUGUUCAAGUCGGAGGCGGAGAAGGAGCCGGACUCAUCUGUGUCCGCUUAAAAGGAUGAGUUUCGGAAGCCCCAGUGGUUCGAGGAGGCAGAAACUGAUGACGAACUGUUCGAUGAUGAUCGCAAGUUCGCCUUUCAGGUGUUCACCAGUCCGCUGGAGAUGCAGCGCCACUUUGAACGGCAGCUGCAGCGGCUUCUCGAGUCCCUCAACGAUAAUGACGAGGGCUUUGAGCGAGACUUGAAGGAGGACUUCCUGAAGCCGGGCUUUGAGAGCAAGAUCCUGAAGCAGUUCGAGCAGCAAAAGGACAUGUCGCUGGAUACGGAUCUAGAUGGCGAGUAAAUCUAUGCCGACCAACUGCAUUCGCUCAUCCAGCUGAAUCCGGAGGAGAAAGUAAGACCAGGCGACCUAGGAACAACCAACAUCUUGCCAUCGAAUCAGUCUGGGCUUCGCAAGAGCUGCCAGCGAGCUAAACUUUCGGAUGAGGAGAUUAUUAUGGGUCGUAUUCAUGGCACCAUUAUCAAUGGGGAGAACAAGUCCUGUGCUCGUCCUCGUCCGCCGAUGAACAACAAGCCGGACAUCAUGACGCCCAUGACACCGAUGUUGCCGCGCAGUGGUAUGACUCCGUUUGGUGGGGUUUUCGAUGGCAACUAUCAAGGGUCCCAAGUGUUCAGCCAGAGUGUCAUGUCGAAGACCGUGCGCAAGCCGGAUGGUAGCUACGAGACCACGAAGGUUACCCAGGACUCGUCCGGUCAUAAGACCACCACGGUUACCCGGUUUGACGGACGCAAGGAGACCAUUGUUACCCAUGAUGGUGGGAACUCCUCGGGAAUGGAGAACGGCCAUGCUCAGAGGAGUCAGCAGAAGGAGGUGGCACUGCAGCGUGAUGGCGAUCGCAACAUAUUUGUGACAAAAGAAGGCUACGCCAUGCCACGGAACCUCUGGUGACCAGUGGUGAACAACUAUUGCCCCAAUCAAGACAAGCGAUCUCUGCUGCAGCAACAGAAACAACAACAACAGUACGAGGAUAAGCUGAGGCGAUUCGUCGGCAACAUAGUCCCGCAUCCACACAACAUCCAAAUUAGAACCUACUACAUUUUAGUUUACAUUCUCCUUAGUGUUUGGUGUUUUAGAUGAAACGCACUUGAGACAACAGAUGACGACGACGAUUAUUGACCAUGAUUUUAUUGUCCAGCGAGCUUCCUGCUCUCUGGGCACAUAUUAAUUGUGAGAUAGGCAGGCGUACCACCACCACCCCCCCGACGGAGGCGGCGGUGGCGGCGUCCCCACUUUCAGUUCCCACAUCCAGGGCUCUAUCCGCAGGCCGAACUCGAACUCCCGCAUGCUGGAGAUGGAGAAGGAAUCGGAGCGGCAAUGGCUCUUGUUGAGCUGUGCGCGAACGUAUGAGAUUUUCAGUUUGAGAGCCGUCCAGGCCAAAACGAAAGAAAGGAAUGGAAACAUCAAUGGCGGAAAUUAUUGUAUUUGUUGUAUUGAUUCAUUCGUGGUACUAUCUGUGUCUCAAUGCUGCGAUCUUCAGCAUCUAAAGUGCCCGCGUAGUGAUUUAGCAGCGAAAAAAAGGAACCACUAUACAAUAUAUAUUACCGCUUACCAGGCAACAAAAAACAGUUUAAAAACUGUCUACGAUUGAGUUAGUUUUGUUAUUUAUACAGUUUAUACUUUAUAUAUUUAUAUAUACUUAACCACCCGCGUGGUGAUUGAUCUGGCAUCAGUCGAGUUCAACUCACAGUAUUUAGAAUUUUAAUUCUGUUUAUUAUUUUUUUUCUGAUUAUUUUUUUAUUGUAAUCUUAUCGUUUAAGUUAUUUUCGAUCAGAUUUAACUUUCAAAUAGGACACACAAUGCAUACAAGCAUUAGAAGACAUUCAAGAAUCAUGCAAAAAUAAAGUGUUGUGCAAUCAA